AUGCUCACUAUAGCUGCUAUCAUCAUGAAGAGCGCCUUGAUAGUUUUGCUUUCAAUCAGCAUUGUUCUUGCUUUUUGCCCCGGAGGGCACUGUAUGUUCUAUAAGAUGCAUGAUUGUCGUGAUGGAUGUCAGAUCGGACAAUAUUGUGAUAGAGGAACUUGUAGACCACCACGCCGUGAAGAAGAUUGGUCUACUCUUCAACAUGACUUCAUGAAGCAUAUGAAAUUCGGAGUAAUCUGCCUUACCGACGAUGAUUGUGGAGAUAAUGCUGUAUGUAUUGGGAGGAAGUGCGUCGUGAAAAAUGGAUUCAGUGGAAAGUUUUCUUUUGGAACUCAAUGUCCAAAUGGAUACAAUUUCGUUGAUGGAAAAUGUGAGCAGAGUAGACAUUUUGCACCAAGUCCAAUGACAUGUCCGAAGGGUACCGUUUGGGUCGGCGGUGUCUGCAAACCUUACAACCGGCAUUCGUUCUUCUCUGAAUACUGAAUAAGCGACUUUGACGUCCAUUAAUGAUUCCAUGUUCUAAAUGAGUUUGGUGUUGCUAUAAUAAAUAUUUUGAAAAUUAAA